UCUUUCCGGUCUCCAUGGCGACGGGGCGCUUCGGGGUCGGAGAGACUUUGGGGGCCCUGAAUGCGGCUCUGCGGCCCAAGCCGUCCUCCUCCGGCCCCGGCGGCUCCGUGUGGUUCAAGGAGAACAGCCCCCGGAACCUGCGCAGCCGCGACUUCCUGGCGCCCCGCGGCGCUCUGCAGGCCCUGUUUGGGGAAGGGCAGGUGCCAAAAGACAUCCUCGAUGAGGUUGCUGCUCUGGAGGGCCCAGGUGUCCCCCCCAUUCAGAAAUGCACCCAGACCCAGGCCGGGUUGGCACUCCAGCUGGAGAGGCCCACCGUCUUUGAGCAGGUCUUGAGCUCCCUACAGGGCUAUGUGGCCCCCCAGCCUACCUCCUCCACCUCUGAGCGUAGCAUCAUCCUAGACUGCGUGUCCCUGCAUGGUCCAAAGGGGCCAGAUGCCUUAAGCCUGAGCCAGCUGAGAGCUGUCCUGGUUGCUGAUCACCUGGCACAGGCUCUUCGAACACAAGGGGUGACUGUUUACCAGGUUCCAGCUGUGCAGGACCCUGGGCUCAGGGAUUUCCUGCAGCAGCUAAAAGUCAACUGGCCAUCAGCUUCUGAGACAUCGUCAGCCCCAGAAUCCACUGUAGCAUUGAAGGAAGUUCUUAGAGAUCAUGCUGCUGUCCCAACUGAAGACUUACCUCCUGGAGUGGUAUGCAAAGUAUCCUUGAAAGAGUUCUUGGAGCAGCAGCCAGACCUGGAAGGCUUUGACCCAAACCUGGACAUCUGUUUAGUAACUGAGGAUCAGCUCGGAGCCUUAACGGAGCUCCAAGAGGCUGCCCAGCACUGUCCCAGGAAUCUCCCCUUGAGUCACAGUGAAGCUGAAUCUUCUGUCGGAGGUGCAGCCUGCUCCGUGGUUCAUGUGGUGAGCUGUGAGGAAGCAUUCCAGCAGCAAAAGGUAGACCUGCUGUGGAGACUGGUGGAUGCCAGUGCCCCUUCCAGACAGAAGCACCUUGUCUGCGGACCAGUGAAAGUUGUGGGCUCCCCUACCCCACUGAGUGCUCCCCAGUACUACAGGCUCCGGCAUUCCCAGAUGCGUGAGGCCUCAGUGCUGAAGUAUGGAGUUGACUUUGUUCAGGAUGAGAACUGGAAUGAAAUAAUUGAGGCUCUCACUUCUGCUGCGGUCAAGUUUGAAAUGCUAAGUACAGCCCAUCGAAGUCAGAUGUCCUUGGACCUGGAGGAGACCAGCAUCUCUACCAAAGGCACCAAGAGUGGAGCUUUUGUCAUGUACAACUGUGCCCGCCUUGCCACGCUCUUUGAUGGCUAUCAGCGAGGUGUGGAGCAAGGUUUGUAUCCUGCUUUCCCUGAUGUGUCCGAGUUGGAUUUCUCCUUGCUUCGUGAAGAAGGUGAAUGGCUUCUGCUUUUCAAUGGCAUCAUCCCCUUUCCUGAGGUCCUUAGCCAAUCAGCACAGCUUCAUGUCUCGAGCCCAGGAAUCCGGAUAACAGCCAACACUGAGGCGGUAUGCAAGUUUCUGGUGCAUUUGAGCAUGGACUUUAGCUCCUACUAUAACCGAGUGCACAUCCUUGGGGAACCACAACCUCAUCUGUUUGGCCAGAUGUUUGCUCGGUUACAGCUAAUGCGGGCUGUUCAAGAGGUUUUUCACGGUGCACUGGCCACUCUGCAUCUUCCCCCACUGAGCCAGAUCUGAGAGCACCAUUCUGUCCUCCAAGGAGCCUCCACAUGUGCCAUUUACCACUCGCCUCCAGGGCACUGGACUCUCCUCUGCUUCCGUGGUCUCAGGACACUGUUAGAGAAGUCGGCAAGGCAGGUGCUUGGCUGUGGUGACUGCCUACUGUUUACUUGGUUAAAAUGGUAUAUUUUGGACAAAAAUAUCCCCCACCAACAUAGCCUUCAGCACUGUCCAGGUGCCCCAUUUCACCUGCUGGGCAGCAGUCACUACUCUUCCCCAAGAGAGUUUAACAUCACUUUGAUUUAUUAACAAACAAGGAGAAAUCCUUCUAGUACCGUCAGGGCCCCAAAAGCCCCUGGACUGCUGGCAGAAGCUGGCAGCAAACUAAUAUUUCUAUCUAAAUAAAGUGCUUUGUUGGUUA